AUGGCCCGAUUUGAAUUUGCCUAUUUCCUUGCUAUCACCCUGGCAUUGCUCUUCCGAGCAUACAACACCGAUGCUGGAACAGGCGUACAAAGUUCUCAAAGCUCCAAUGCAACAUGCAACAUCGACCGGCUCGAAACAGUCGUCGGAUUGCAGAAAUCCGCUGAUCUGAUUCAGAAAGCCAUUAAUGCGACGAACUCCAACGACACGGCGGUUAUUUCCCAGCUGCAAACCGCCGCGAGCGGGAUCCAGAGCGCAGAUGCGGGCGUAGCGACAAUUUUGCAGGCUCUGGUUAGCGGACAAGCGCCCCCUGCAGACGCACGCCAGCAGGUCGGGGACGGUCUCAAUUCGGCUGCUGCAGCGCUUGUAGUGGCUUUCGGUAAUGCAACAUCGAACGCAGAGGCGGCUGCUAUUGCCAGCGCCGAAUCGGCAGUUAUAGGGGCGCUUGCUGCGGGAAUUAGAGUGGUUGAGGAUUCCCUACUGUAG